CACCCCAUGAUUACAAGCCGAUGCAGGGCAGCAAUGAAGGUACACCACUGGAUUGACUGACCACCCAAUAUUGGCCUAAUAAUAGGCCGUGUGACACCCGCUCAAAAAAGUUAAAAAAAAAUAAAACUGCACACCAGUGCAGAAGCAGCUUCAUGUGAGCGCGUGCAAUGACAAUCGCCCCGAGAGGUCUGUAAAAGGCCCUUUUCUAGCACGUAGGCAAAUGAAGCACCACACAGUCUCCAUGACUAGAGAGAGUCAUGUCCCUGAAUCAAAGUAGCGCAGCAGACUCAGGCCCUCCUGGGUUGAUGGCUUCAAGAUACCUCAGCCUGAAAAACUUGAACAGUACCUCCGCAACCCCAAGGUUAGGAGGCAAACGCUCAUUGUCCACAUUUCAAGAGCACAACUUAAUUCAAAUCACCACAGCGCUAGCGAUUGCACUGCAGGUCUGUCUGUUGGUGCAGAAAACCCGGACAACCCUUAUAAUAAAGCUGAAUUACCACCAAGCCCUCUGUAACCUGCAAACUGGAACACAUUUCAUUUUUAUGUGCCACCUGGAAAAUGCCACCUAAGACUGCCCCCCGGGGCCCUCCCAAGCUCACUAUGUUCAUAUGCAAAGGAUCUAGUCACUGGAGUCAAAGUUGCUCAAGUAUGAGUCAGCAUUGCUGCAUUUGGGCAACGACUGGCGCUCAGCUCAGAUCCAGUCGCUAGACUAGUCUUGGAACAUGCUCACAGACACCUGACAGCAAUGUGCAGG